UUCCUCGCUUUGUGUUUGUUCAGAGUCCCUCAGCGCCUCGUCCUCAACGUCGUCCAGAGGGAAUAAAACCUCCACACUUCCUCCAGCACGAGACACACUCCAGACAGAAGCCAAUCAUGUCGACUACCAGCAGGUCUCACGUGUACCUCGACAUCCCAGCGUUCCCACACAGCCACGUCGCACCGUACGCUGCUGAGGAACAUUCCAAGACCUUCCAAGGUUUUCCCAACAUGCCGGAGUACCUGUCCCGCUUCGACAUGCUGCUGUCCGAGGACACGGCGUGGAUCAUGAGGAAGACCGACACCUUCACCUCCAUCGACAGAGAAGAGGAACUGCUUCAGUGUGAGGAGGCGGGGCAGGACUCUGUGACUGACAGCACGGCGGGUCACCGAGCUCUGUGCGUGGGUCUGAGCGGACAGACGGACGUGGAGGACAGGGGUCUGGAGCAGGUACAGAGUUUAGUACUGCACGAGGUGCUGAAGGACAUCGAGACGGCGUGCAAACUUCUCAACAUCACUCCAGAUCCUACAGAAUGGAGCUCGGGACACGUGCAGAAGUGGCUGCUGUGGACGGAGCACCUGUACCGACUCCCGCAGGUGGGAAAAGCCUUCCAGCACCUGAGCGGGAGUGACCUGUGUGAGAUGAGUGAGGACGACUUCAGGCAGCGCUGCUCACCGUGUGGAGACGUGCUGUUCGCCCACCUCGACAUCUGGAAGUCCGCCACCUGGAUGAAGGACAGAUGUUCUCCUCAAACCAGCAGUUUUAUUGGAGCAGAUGAGCUGUGUGCUGAAGUGGACUCGUCCUGCAGCGGGCAGCCCAUCCACCUGUGGCAGUUCCUCCGAGAGCUGCUCCUCAAACCACACAACUACGGACGCUCCAUCCGCUGGCUCAACAAGGAGAAAGGAAUUUUUAAAAUCGAGGACUCGGCCCAUGUGGCUAAACUGUGGGGGAUCAGGAAAAACCGUCCGGCGAUGAACUACGACAAACUGAGCCGCUCCAUCCGGCAGUACUACAAGAAGGGCAUCAUUCGGAAGCCGGACGUGUCUCAGAGGCUGGUUUAUCAGUUCGUCCAUCCGGUGUGAGGACAUCAGCAGGGAGACAUUUCACCCCGGGACGUUCAGAGCUCCGUGACUCCUGGGUGGAGCGUCCAUGGACGUUCAUUUGGACUUCAUGUUUCAGUGACUCUUUCGAGCGGGAAUAAAACUGAAGAGAGGACGAGACGUCAGAAACGUGUGAGAGGACGUUUACACCACAACGUUUUCAACUAAAAACAGGAAAAAUGAAAAAACGUUUCUGGGCCGAAAACACAAACUUUUGGAAACAGGUUUGGAAGUGCGAGUUUUUGAAAACGAUGCCGUUAUCGUCUCCGUGUAAACGUACAAAACGAGAAUCUGUGAAAAGGAUGACGCACGUGUAUUACGUGUUCAGUGUACAGACGUGUGCGCGAGUACUUCAAACCAGCGUUCAGCGUUCAACACGACACGACUGUGUGUGUUUCUCCAGUAAAGUGUAGAUGUACUGCGUCACUGCCACCACCAGCGGAGACGCGUUUAUUACAUCCUCCACAUCAUUAACCCACAGCUACACCCACAGCUACACCCACAGCUACACCCACAUCAUCUACACCCACAUCAUCUACUCCCACAGCUACUCCCACAUCAU